AAUACUCCAGGUCCUUCUCGCGCUCCUCGUGCCGUCCGUGCUCGCACGCGGCUGGCUGCGAGGACAGGGAUCUGGUUAAUGGAGCACGCAACCUAUAGUAUGACCGGAGGCGGGGCUUGCUGCGCACACGGCGCAGGUUACAGCAAAGAAUGGGAUAUGGAUUGUUAGCCAGGCGCGCGCAUCUUCUUACUUUACUGGACACGGAGCCGGCCAGCCGCGGGAGCUGCAACUUCAUCAGCAACAGUCUCUUCUGCAACACAAGACCUGCAAAACGCUUUGAUCUGUUUCUCUUGUGCUUUUAAACUCGCAUCAAAGUGCUUUUCAUCUGCAUUGACACCUUCUCCCUAGUAACGAUGGUGUGCUGUUGGAAGUGUACCUUGUCCUUGACAUUUAUGACCAUACUCCUGGUCCUAGCCUACAGUCCUCUGUGCAUAUCAGAGCAAAAGUGCGACACCAUAUACAAAGGGUUUGCAGAAUGCCUUGUGAAGUUGGGAGAGAGCAUGGCUCAGAGCGUUCAGACUGAAACAGAAGAAACACAUGAACUAGACACUGUCUGCAAAUCAUGGAAUGAAUUUCAUGGGUGUGCAAAUGCAGUUCUCGCUGGUUGCCCCAAUGAAGCUGCAGCUGUCUGGGAAUCGCUCAGGCAGGAGUCACGGAAGAUGCAAUUCCAGGGGAAUCUGCAUGACCUUUGUACCAUGAGAGCACGGCCCUCCAGCAGCAUUAAAGGCUUCAACAAAGAUGAAAGCAACAAGGACACCUUGAGGGGUUCUGCAGCUGUCUCAACUUGUAGUCUCACUACUCUCCUGAUGGCUUUACUGUUUCUUAACAUUUAACAGCAACCAUAAUGGAGGUUGUUUUAUACAGCCUUCAGGACUUUACACAUUGCUAAAAAAACAGUUUGCAAAUAAUAUCUGAAAUCAGACUGCUCACCACUGCACAAACUGUGUUACAGUAGGAGGUGUCUUGGGAACGGUGUUGUUGAGAGUUCAGUGCCCCUUCAUCCCCCUAGGAGCUCAGAUGGUGUAUAAUGUGAUGCAGGCCAUGAGUGAGCAUGUUAUGUAGUUCAUCGCCAGUCCUGGUAGGGACUACAUGAGUAAUCGUUGGCAUCUCCUGUUCAUUUCAAGCAUCCUACUGUGUACAAAUCCUGUGCAAGUACUGCUAUAUUAUAUAUUUUAUAUAUUCAUAUCUAGUUAUUUUAUAUUGAUUUUAAGACAUUAUUCAUUAUGAGUAGGAUCAUAAUAUGAAAUGCAUCACGUAAGGAAAAAUCUUCUGUUUGACAGAGUUUCACGUAAACCGAUGAAGUGUUCCAAUGGAAGGCAUUUGUGCUACUUCUGAACUAUUACAUUUACAUUUUUAUUUUUUGGCAUUGCACACUCUCUCACUUGUAAUAUGUGUCUGAUUUUUAUUUAUAGCUUUAAGUGGACUGCAAGUAAAUGACAUUUUGUCUGCAGAGCAUCUUGUGUUUAAAAUGUUUAAAGGUUCUACAAAAAUAAUGAAACACUUUUACAAAUAACUUAAAUUUUCAUGGAUUAAAAAAAUCUGUUGAAAAGCACUAUCAUCAGUUAAGGAAUUUUGGAGGUCAGUAAUGUGUCAUCAGAAAUGCUAACACGAGUAUGUCAUUAAUCGAAUUGCACUUGUCAGGUUUGGGGUAAUUUUUAUAUUGUGGAUGUCUAAAUUUAGAAGUCAUUACAGUCACUUUUUUUUAGCUCUGCAUUUUAUUUUGUCAAUGUAUGUUUUAAUUAUGAGAUUGCAUGAAAUUCUCUAAAGCUUUUUUUUUUUUUUUUGCCUGAGAAGGGCAGGAUGGGAAAGGUCUCUGUAACUGACAUCUGUAUGCCUGUGCGGGUUUCUUUUUCAUUAUGGUUAACAUAGCUUGACAGCUAUCUAGUUGAAAUCAGGUAUAUUAAAUCUGCCUAUAUAUAACCAGGGAUGUCCUUAUUGGUGAGAGUUUAUAGUUUUAAGGUAAAUCUUUUUUUUUCAAUUGCAGCAUUUGAAGAAGAACAUUUUUUCUUUUUACUCAUACAAUCUGUAAUGAAAAAUCAGUCUCAGUAACAUAAACAUGAAAACUGAUAAUACUGUAAAAUUAAACCUUACAUUAAAGUA